AUCUGAUAUCGGCCACCAAUGCGACCAACGUGAACAUCCCUCAGAUGGCCGACACUCUGUUUGAGAGGGCCACCAACGCCAGCUGGAUUGUCGUCUUCAAGGCCCUAGUCACCACACACCACAUGUGUGUCCAUGGAAAUGAGGUCAGAGGGCAGCAUUUUAGUGCACAACCACAAUAAAACAAAUUAGGACUGUUUCAGCACUAUGGACAGCUACACGGCUGUCUUGAUUAAUCCCAGGGGAGCUGUGAGUGUAGCUGUCCAUGGUGCUGGAAACAGUGCUAUUAGUAUUGCUGCAGACUAGAGCUCAUUCUGAAACAUGGUUAUAAAACACAGUUGUGUUUGUCUGGAGCUAUUUUUACAUAUUGAGUUGCUGUAUUGCUAUAGACAUAACAUACUAGCACUCAAUUUGUAUUUGACUAUUUCAGUAAAUAUGCCUUAAUUGUCUUGAUUUUUUUUUCUUUGAUUCAUUUUUUUUUUUAUCAGCCUAUUUUAAUUGUAAGGUGUUUCAGUGUCAGUGCCUUAUUGUCAUUCUGCUUCCUCAGAGGUUCAUCCAGUACCUGGCCUCCAGGACCGCUCUGUUCAACCUCAGCAACUUUAUUGACAAAACAGGCUCCCACGGUAAGUGCACUUCCUGUGUGCGUGUGUGUAUGUUUGGGGAGUGAAGCAGGUGGAUUCCCUCCCAGUUGAGAGCAUAAACAGAUACAGUAGAUGAGAUGUGAGACUACCUGGAGGCGCAGAAGGAGACAAGAGGAGAGGAGGAGACAGGAGGAGACAGGAGGAGAGGCAGAGACAGGAGGAGAGGCGAGACAGGAGAGGAGGAGACAGGAGGAGAGGCGGAGACAGGAGGAGAGGAGAGGAGACAGGAGUGAGAGGAGACAGAGGAGAGGAGGAGAGGCGAGAGAGGCGAGAGGAGGAGAGGAGACAGAGGAAGGCAGAGGAGGAGGAGAGGCAGAGACAGAAGGAGGAGAGGCAGAGACAGGAGGAAGAGAAGGAGAGGCAGAGACAGGAGGAGGAGGGAGAGAGGCGAGAGACAGGAGGAGAGGAGGAGACAGAGGAGAGGAGGAGAGGAGGAGAGGCAGAGACAGGAGGAGAGGAGGAGAGGCAGAGACAGGAGGAGAGAGAGGGCAGAGACAGGAGAGGAGGAGAGGCAGAGACAGGAGGAGAGGAGGAGGAGCAGGAGGAAGGAGGAGAGGCAGAGGGACGGAGGAGACAGGAGAGAGAGGACAGGAGGACAGGAGGAGAGGCAGAGACAGGAGGAGCAGGGAGAAGGAGAGAGCAGAGACAGGAGAGGAGAGACAGGAGGAGAGGCAGAGACAGGAGGAGCGACAAGAGGACAGGAGGAGAGGCAGAGACAGGAGGACAGGAGGAGAAGGAGAGACAGGAGGACAGGAGGAGAGGCGGAGGAGACAGGAGGAGAGGCGGAGACAGGAGGAGAGGCGGAGACAGGAGGAGAGGCAGAGACAGGAGGAGAGGCGGAGACAGGAGGAGCGGCGGAGACAGGAGGAGAGGAGGAGAGGCAGAGACAGGAGGAGAGGCAGAGACAGGAGGAGAGGCAGAGACAGGAGGAGAGGCAGAGACAGGAGGAGAGGCGGAGACAGGAGGAGAGGCGGAGACAACAGGAGACAGGAGGAGAGGAGGAAGAGGAGGGAGACAGAGACAGGAGGAAGGAGGAGAGGCGGAGACAGGAGGAGAGGCGGAGACAGGAGGAGAGAAGGAGAGGAAGAGACAGGGGACAUCUGUAAAGAGAGGAAAUCACUGGCCUGAUAAGCAUGCAAUGUGCACACACUAAACAUAGUACUGUACAUGUACAGAUGUAGGAUCUUAAUUUGAUUACCCUGUUGCAGGAGAAAUUUCAAACUUGUAGUGUAUUUGAGGUUUAAAAAGGCUUCUGAAGUUUUUAAUUUCCACUUUGAAAUUUCAGACUUGAUUUUCCCUGACAAAAUGUAUCAACCCCUACAACAAUUUCCAUUAAUUAUAAUCCACAUAAUAAUUCACAUUUCCUGUUGCUGCAGGAUUAUUUUCCUGCUGUAGCAAACUGGCUCAAAUUAAGAUCCUACAUCUGUACACACAUCCAUGCACACUUGCACGCACACACACACACACACACACACACACACACACACACACAUACAUACAUACAUACAUAUAGUACUAGUCAAAAGUUUAGACACACCUACUCAUUCAAGGGUUUUUCUUUAUUUUUACUAUUUUCUACAUUGUAGAAUAAUAGUGAAGACAUCAAAACCAUGAAAUAACACAUAUGGAAUAAUGUAGUAACCAAGAAAGUGUUAAACAAAUAAAAAUAUAUUUUAAAUUUUAGAUUCUCAAAGUAGCCACCCUUUGCCUAGAUGACAGCUUUGCACACUCUUGGUAUUCUCUCAACCAGCUUCACCUGGAAUGCUUUUCCAACAGUCUUGAAGGAGUUCCCACAUAUGCUGAGUACUUGUUGGCUGCUUUUCCUUCACUCUGCGGUCCAGCUCAUCACAAACCAUCUCAAUUGGGUUGAGUUUGGGUGAUUGUGGAGGCCAGAUCAUCUGAUGCAGCACUCCAUCACUCUCCUUCUUGGUCAAAUAGCCCUUACACAGCCUGGAGGUGUGUUGGGUCAUUGUUCUGUUGAAAAACAAAUGAUAGUCCCACUAAGCCCAAACCAGAUGUAAUGUCGUAUAGCUUCAGAAUGCUUUGGUAGCCAUGCUGGUUAAGUGUGCCUUGAAUUCUAAAUAAAUCACAGACAGUGUCACCAGCAAAGCACCCCUACACCAUCACACCUCCUCCUCCAUGCUUCACGGUGUGAACCACACAUGCGGAGAUCAUCCGUUCACUUACUCUGCGUCUCACAAAGACACGGCGGUUGGAACCAAAAAUCUGUAAUUUGGACUCCUCAGACCAAAGGACAUAUUUCCACCGGUCUAAUGUCUUCCUUUUCUGUGGUGGUCCUCAUGAGAACCAGUUUCAUCAUAGCGCUUGAUGGUUUUUGCGACUGCACUUGAAGAAACUUUUCUGUAUUGACUGACCUUCAUGUCUUAAAGUAAUGAUGGACCUUCAUUUCUCUUUGCGUAUUUGAGCUGGACUUGGUCUUUUACCAAAUAGGGCUAUAUUCUGUAUACCAACUGAUUGGCUCAAACGCAUUAAGAAGGAAAUAAAUUCCUCAAAUUAAGAAGGCACACCUGUUAAUUGAAAUGCGUUUCAGGUGACUACCUCAUGAAGCUGGUUGAGAGAAUGCCAAGAGUGUGCAAUGCUGUCAUCAAGUCAAAGGGUGGCUAUUUGAAGAAUCUCAAAUAUAAAAUAUAUUUGGAUUUGUUUAACACUUUUUUGGUUACUACAUGAUUCCGUAUGUGUUAUUUCAUAGUUGUGAUCUCUUCACUAUUAUUAUACAAUGUAGAAAAUAGUAAAAAUAAAGAAAAACCCUGGAAUGAGUAGGUGUGUCCAAACGUUUGACUGGUACUGUACAUACACACACACACACACACACACACACACACACACUAAACUGCUUCCUGCCUCCAUGAUUGCUAUAUCCUGCGCUUUUCACCAGUGUCUUGCCCUGGUCUCAUUAUAGAUCCCCUGUCUCAUCGUACUGUCUCUCAUCCUAAUGUAAACAAAAAAAUAGCUACUGCAACCCUCCCGUUCAAUCCCCUUCAAAUCUCCCCUACAAUCAGAUACACGACUUGCAAAAUUGAAGAGAGAACGUUUUUGGUGUGACAUGAAUGUGGUGCUCUCUUCUUUCUCUAGGCUAUGAUAUGUCUACUUUCAUCAGACGUUACGGCCGCUACCUCAAUGAGAGGGCUUUUGCCUACCGCCAGAUGGCUUUCGACUUCACCAAAGUCAAGAAGGGGUCAGUCACUUCCCUGUCUCUCCAAAUCCUUUUACAUCCCCAUCCUUGAGAUCCUCAUCACUGAGGCUCACCAGCCAUUCACCUCAUCACUGAGGCCCACCUGUCAUUCACCUCAUCAUUGAAGCCCACCUGUCAUUCACCUCAUCACUGAAGCCCACCUCAUACUAUCGUUCACCUCAUCACUGAGGCCCACCUGCCAUUCACCUCAUCAUUGAAGCCCACCUGUCAUUCACCUCAUCACUGAAGCCCAGCUCAUACUAUCAUUCACCUCAUCACUGAAGCCCAGCUCAUACUAUCAUUCACCUCAUCACUGAGGACCUCAUAUUGUUAUUUACCUCAUCCAUGAGCCCCUUGUUAUGCUCUCCCCUGUGUGUUUCCUCCACAGUGCUGAAGGGGUGAUGAGGACAAUGGCUCCAGACAAGCUGUUAAAAGGCAUGCCCGUCCUGCAGACUCAGAUCGACACACUGCUGGAGUUUGAUGUGAGUUUGACAUGUUGUUCAUCAUUGAUCUGUUUAUUACUGUCUGUCUGUCUGUCUGUCGUCAUUUGUGAAUUAGCUGACCACUGUACUAUGUCAGGCCACAAAGAAUAAUGUUUACCUAUUGUUUAUUUUCCUGUGUUACAUUUUCUCUUUCUCUCUCUAUCUCUCUCUCUCAAUAGCAAUGAUACUAUUUGUUCUAUUGACCCUGAUAUUUCUGUGCGGGUGCACAAUUUUUUAGUACAGCAGAAUAUUGCUGGAGUUUAAUUAAUUAAGUUAACUAAUGCUCUUCUGUUGAAUUUGUAGUGUCGAGUCAAUGUUGCUAAUUAUGCUGUAACAAAGGAGUCCGCUUAUACUGAGCUUUGAUCAUAAGUUUUAUUCAUAUCACAAGAUGUCAGCAUAAGUUUACAGAUGUCUAGAGCAUCCGGAGAGCAGAGUCCCAAAAUAAUAUGUCUGCUCUAAUGUUCUUUGUUCAAACCCAGUACUUAUAAUAUUCCCCAAAAUAUGGGUGGCUCCCUCUACUGUCCAAUCCCCUGUCUACAACACACACUCCCUGUCUUCUAUGGGGCGUCACCCUAAAACGGCUCCCUCUGAAACUAAAUAAACAUCCUCUCAGGUUCCACUUGAAAACAUUAGCAAAGUCAUAAUUCUUAAUACACUACAAACUACAUGAUAAAACGCUUUUAAAAGUUCUGUCUCUCUCCCAGGUCCAUCCCAAGGAGCUGAAUAACCCUAUCAUCAACGCAGCAUUCCUGCUGCUCUUCAAGGAUCUGGUCAAGCUUUUUGCCUCCUACAACGACGGGAUCAUUAAUUUAUUAGGUGAGUUAGACAUGUCAUUGGGUGCAUCCCAAAUGGCACCCUAUUUCCUAUAUAGUGCACUACUUUUGACCAGAGCCCUGUGGGCCCUGGUCAAAAGUUGUUUACUAUUAAGGGAAUAGGGUGCCAUUUGAGAAGCAGACUCUGUCACCAAUUAAAAGAUCAAUGACUUUCUUUCACCGUUUAGUGAUUUUAGAAGAUGCUCUUAUUCAUAACAACUGUUAAAUAUCUGUAGAGAAAUACUUUAAGAUGAAGAAGGGCGAUUGCAAGGAGGCCUUGGAGAUCUAUAAGAGGUUCCUGACCAGGGUCACCAAGAUCGGAGAGUUCAUGAAGCUCGCUGAGGUAAAGGAAACUUCCUAACAGAUUAGGGUAUAUUCUAACUAACUUAAAUCCAAAUGAAACUCACACAGUGCUUCCUCACAUACAGUGUCUCUCUAUUUUGAAUAUAAGGUUAUGAUGCACGGAUUUGGUUGUGUGUAUUUUGUUCCACAGACAGUCGGUGUCGAAAAAAAUGACAUUCCAGACAUCAACUAUGUAAGUCACUGAUCUUUGUGCUUUCUCUCUAGAAGGAUGAUGGCAUAGUUGUAACACACACACACACACACAUCUAUCCUAAUCUCCCCCCUGCGAUCCCAGUGUCUGCACCCUCGAGUGGUGACGGACCUCGUAGACUCAGACAAUGAGGACUGUCCCUUUCAGCCUAUCGAGGACCCGGUAACCAUAGAGACACGGGGUGGCUUGGCUGAGUGCCUGUUUGGAGGAUGGGGUUUUGGCAUGGGAUCAUUCUACAGACUGACACUUCUGACUGCAUUGUGUGUGUGUGUGUGUGUGUGUUAGCAUGUGUGUGUGCUUCCGUGUGCACAAACGACUGUAGAGUUUAAGUAAAAUGUGAACACCUUAACACUUCAUUCUACAGGCCAUUGAGUUGAUACAAAAGUGGGGUAGUGGGGUGAGUUAAAAAUUAAGGGUCUGGAGUGGUGCUGCCAUAGAAAUAGAAUUGGGUGCUGUGUUAUUUGAAGUGUUGGCAUGCAGAUGGAUAAGGAAGUCAGUGACGUAAACCUGUUGUUUCUGUGUCUCUGAUUGGUUCUCUCUUCUCUGACCCUCAGGCUCCCAGUAGCAUCCUGGAGUCGCUGGAGACACACAUGAACAGCUUGGAGGGGAAGAAGGGGUAAGAGGACCCUCUCUAACUACACCAUUUCAGAAAGAGCUCAAAUGUGGGAAUGGCUCCAUAGGUAUCUUUACACAGAGAAAAUAUGAAUUGAGAAAUGAGAGUGUGAGAUAAACUAGAUACUCAUAACUUGGGCUCUAUUCACCUUAUGUAGCCCUGCCCACUUGACCCAGUUCCUGAUCGAAUGCAGCCUGGUCUCAUAGACUAGACGUGACAUACUAAAUGUAAAUCCGGGACACUCAAAUGAGUAUGAUAUAUUAAGUUUGGUAUGGUUACAUAAGACAAAUGGUUACUUAAGGCAAAAACAAAAGUAAGGUGGUUGGUCAGGGUGGAUGGGUGAGCGUAUAACGCGAAAGUUCUAGCAGACCAUAGGUUGCAAGUUCAAAUCUCAUCACGGACGACUUUAGAAUUUUAGCUAAUUAGCAACUUUUCAACUACUUAAAACUUUUAAGCUACUUUGCAACUAGCUAACCCUUUGAAACUAGCAUGUUAGCUAACCCUUCCCCUAACCUUAACCCUUUAGCUAACCCUUUCCCUAACCCUAACCUUAACCCUUUAACGUAACUCCUAAACUUAACCCUGACCUUAACCCGAACCCCUAGCCUAGCUAACGCUAGUCACCUAGCUAGCAUUCGUAACAUAUCAUACAUUUUGCAAAUUUGUAACAUAUCAUACGAAAUGGGUGAUGGACAUCCACAAAUUAAUACAUACAUUUUUUACAUUUUAGUCAUUUAGCAGACGCUCUUAUCAAGAGCGCAUACAUUUUUUAUUCAUUUUUCAUACUGGCCCCCGUGGGAAUCGAACCCACAACCCUGGCGUUGCAAGCGCCAUGCUCUACCAACUGAGCUACACAGGACAUACCAUACAAAACGUAACAUAUCAUACUAAAUGGAGUGUCUCGGAUUUACUUACAGAAACAUAUGAAAUGCUCUGAGACCAGGUUGGUUUUCCUCCUUCCAGCCCAUUCACAAACAAGGAAAACCAUAGUUAAAUAUGAAUUAAAUUUGUUAAAACUAUUAAAUAACGUACACACAGAAUUGGAAAUAUAUGUUAAUUAUAUUCUGAGAAAAAUUAUUGAAAAACAAUUACGUUUAUUUUCACUUACAAAUAGUACUUAAUAAUAGCCUAAAAUAAUAAUAGCCAGAAAUAAUAGCCGAAAUUAGCAAAUUAGAAUUCACAUAGAAAACAUUGCGGGUUAGCUAGUUAGCAUAUUAGACUAUAUCUAAUGGUCAUUAUCCAUACAGGCUGUAUCCCUUUUCAAUCAAAGAUCAAUGAUUGAACUGGAAAUGUUGUUAGGCACAGAAUAUCAAUGACAAAAUACAGAAACGGUGCCAAAAUGUUUUAUGUAGAUAACGUUUUGAUAUUUUCCUUCUGUUGUGCCACAAAGCUAACCAGCUAUCCCGCCAUGUUAAGUCUAUGAGAAUGCUAAUUUGGUAAUUUCAGCGACCGAGUGCUAUUACUAGCCUACGUGAAAACAAACAUUUAAAUGUUUCAAUGAUUUCAGUCAACAUAGAAUUAACAUAUCUUUCAAAUUCUGUGCACAUUAUUUAAUAGUUUUGAGAAAUAUAAUACAUAUUUAACAAUGGUUUUGCUGGUUUGUGAGUGGGCCGGAAGGAGGAGAACAAUCACAACCAAUUGGAUGCGCCUUUGUUGCCAGGCUGAAUACUGUCCCAGCACCACAGUGUUCCAAAGACAGUUUUGUGUUAUCUUUUCCUUUAAUCCUUCUUCUCUCUUUGUUCCUUUCUGUUCAUCAUUGGGGAUCACAGUGAAGGGUGAGCAUAAAUUAUUAAUUUGGGGUUUGACAGAUGAGUUUAUUGUAGUCAUGAAAAUAAGUUAAAAAGUUAAUUUAAAUGUAGAUGACUUCAGCUCUGAAAGGUGAUAUCUAGCUCUGAUGAAAUUGAAACAUUAACUAUUCCGUCUCUCUUUCAGGUCUCCAACAAAGGUGAGUUGAAGAUUACAAAUUAUUUUCCCUGUGUAUAUCAUUGCCUUUCUGUUUCUGGUUGUAUGUCGACACAUGGAUACUAAUAAGUCCUCUCUGUAUUCCAGGGGUCCCCCACCAAUAACGUGUCCCCGACCUCCACCCCCGCCAAAACUGCAGCCGCCGUGCCCACCCUAGUGCCGCCACCUGAAGAAGCCACUGAGUGAGUGACCACUUCCUCUGCCUACCGCAGUUUACCUUAUCACCUCAGGGAUUUCCUCAGUUCUGGCAUUCUAGCAUUCUAUCUAUUCCAUUUAUUUUGUAGAAUUGUGAAUAAGAGUCCAUUCUUCCUUCCCCUUCCAUUCUCUCUCUCUCACCAUCACUCCGUCUCUCUCCAUCCCUCUCUCUCUAGUUCUCUGUUGGAUCUGGACCCUCUGUCCUCCUCUGGUCCGUCAGCAGGGGCCUCAGCAGCCCCUAUGUCCUGGGGAGGUAAUGUCCCAUUUCAAAACUUGAUCGUUUAAUGGUUAAUUAAAACUUACCGGUAGUUACAUUAUCUAAUGAACAUUCAUAUAAUUGCAUUUUCCUCCAUCACCUUCUCCCAUGCUCUUCUGGGGAUGCUGCCACAGACCUCCUUGGAUCAGGUGAGUGCUAUCCCACAGGGACCCUGGCUUUAACCUCUCUAGUUUAUUAACAUUAACAGAGCGUGUCAUCUCCUCUAGAUCGCCAAUGUGUUUCCUAGUGCUGCUCUAGUCUCAGUAGUCUAUUUCUCUCUCUUUGUUUCUCUCUGCUCUCUAUCCCUCCCCCACAUCCCCGUGCUUGGUUCAUACGGGGGCUUUAAUUCUGGGGUUGAUUUUGGGGAUCUUUCUUUGCUCUCUUUUGUUUCUAUGGGAUGUUUUUCGGUUGUUUCGUUGAAAUUGGGUUGAUUUGAUACCUUCAUUUGGUUCUAAUGGGGCCUUUUUGGUUGCUUUGGUUCCUAUCGGGUAUUUUGGGGGAUGAUUUCUGGGGGUUGUUUUGGUACCUUGUUUUGGGUUUGGUUGGUACACCACAUGGGUACCUGCAGAAAUGGGCGAGUCCAUGCUUCCUGACCCCACCCUCGCUGUAGACACCGCUCCCUCUCCCGCGGGGGUAACGCCCACCCCUACAGCCGCAGAGCCAGGAGUCACUCUGGCUCCUCCCCCUAGUGCGGCCGCUGGCACUUCCCCCGGUGCGACGAAUAUGGAUCUGCUGGGAGGUCAGUGGGCUUCUGGAGGAUUCUCUACCACAGAAUCUCUGCUGGACAGCUCAACCCCAACCAACCCUCCACAUGCACACACAGGAGAUGCAGUGUAGUGUUCGCUACAUGCAUGUACACACACUAAUCUAUAUGUUUAGUCUCUGCAUGUACAUACACACAGUGACCCAGAUACCCCAAAACAAACACAUCCAUUUGGGCAGAACACACAUACUGGUAUGCAUUCUGUACAUCUCAUGCUCAUUGACACAGAUAUACACACAGAGACAAGCAUGCACACACUUGUAGACGCACUCAGACAUGCUACUCAUACAUUUUCACAUGCUUAGUUUUGUUUGAUAGUCCGACAGCUUUUCCUCAACUUCAGAGAAAAGCCAAUCUAUCAAACAGUCACAUUCUUUAUUUCCGCCUAAAAUACAUCUUGCUUUGCUUCUGGUUUCAUUCUGUGGCCUGCUUGUCCAGUAAUGUAGUGCAACAGACCUAGUUACCGCUUUCUAGUUUAGUUGCUAAAGCCCGCCUUCCAUAGACCUUGCUGUGCCUCCUGUCUGUAUUCUCAUUCACCCUUCACCUGUCAAUCAUUCAUGCCACAAAGUAAUGCCACAGAGUAAAUGUUUUGUAACUAAUCUAAACUGAAUUUAUUACAGUAAUCAAAAGAUGCCUCAGUUAAAUAGUAUUUAUCUGCAAUAAAUAGUAUCUCUCUGCAAUAAAAUACCUUUGAUGAAUAAGUAUAUUAAUUAAGUAUAUUACAUAUAUUAUGCCUGACAUUACAUUACAAAUAUUUAAUAUAGGUACAGUAUAUUAAGUAAAUUAAACAUCUAAUAAAGUAAAAGUAGUAUUUCUAAAUUCUGCUUAGAGGCACAGACCAUCUUUUAGGUGGUUUCUUGACCUUCCUUUUCUGAAGUUCCUUUUCUGACUUACUCUCUCUUUCUUGUCUGGCUUGUGUUUCUUUUCUCUGUUCUUUCUCUCCCUAUCUCUCGCUGUACCUUUCUCUCUGUCGUCUGUAUGUGUGUGUGUGUGUUGGGUAUCAGAUGCGUUUUCGACCCCUGUUUCCGCCUCUGAUGCCUCUGCCGAGGGCGGGGCUCCGGCCUCCACACCAACCCCUGUCACCGACGCUGCAGCUGGUGGGUUACAGAACGUGUCUCUGUGUCUGUCUGUGUAAAUGGCUGUGUGCAUAUUUUUGUGGCUGUUUGUGUGUGUGUUUGGCUGUAUUCGAGUGCUCGGUGCAUCCAUGCUUAUGUGUUUUUGUGUAUGGAGAGUGUGUUUCAACAGUUGAUCCCAUUGCUGUGAGUGGGUGUAGCUAGUUUAGCUAGACAUGUGAUGCUGCUGGUUGUUUCUGGGCAUGGCUGUUGCUGUUACCAUGGAGAUUGUUGCUGAGGUUGCUAUUAGGACAGUGGUUGGCCACUCCAUGCUAGAUACCACCUGGGGUUUCCUUUCCUUCAUUAAACUUUAUCCCAAAAUGCAUCUGCAAGGUCCGUGGUUACACUCUGUAAAUCUGGUAUAGUAUGGGUAUUUCAGAGAGUAUAAUGAAAGAGUGUGAAUACUACUAAUACUGCUUUCUCCAAGAUGUUUCCUGCUAUCCCUCUUUUCACAAAUCAUUUUUCCUCAGACAUGCAUAUUUUCCAGAUUAUCUCUUGAUCAUACAGUACUUUAUAGUUUUUUACAUUUACUGUAUGUUUAUGAAGAAUAUGGAGCAGUGAAUUACUAACUGAGCUUGUAUCUUCAGAAUUUCAGCCGAAUGCACCCACUCCUCUUCCCUAUUUCACAGAAUAUAGCUCUUGCCAUACCUCAAGGUUUACUUCACACUGUGUUAUGGUGGUUGUGUAACAUCUCCAUCUCCCUAAGUCAUCCCCUCCCCCAUUCUCUCCUCUCAAAGACCCCUUUGCCCCCACUGGUUGCAGUUCAAAUGCAGUAGGCCCAGGGCUGGACCUGUUUGCCAUGAUGCCAAUGGCGAACAACUGCUUUAACUCAGUGGCGCCCCCUCCUGCCCCCUCAUCCACCAUCACAGCACCCAUCCCCCCCACCACCACCCCAUCGAUAGACCUCUUCAGUGGUAAAUGUUUACACGUGUGUGGUACUUCUUAACCUUUUAUUUUCUGCUCUUUCGUCCUUGUCCUCUACUCUGCAUCCGUGUCCUAUCCUCUCCUGCAUUUUACCCAUCAACUGCAUUGUUCCUUGAUGUCCCUUUCUCUUUGUGAGGCUAACUUACACAUAUCACGCUUCCUUUCAGCUUGGAAGCAUUCUAUUCAGAUGCCUCUCUGCUCCUGCAGUGGCUUUCAAUCACAAUUGUUCAUCUAAUUAAUCAUUGUUUGUAGUGUGCUGUUCUCAUCUCAAUGUGUGUGUGUUGUGUACUUGUCCCGUAGCUAUGUUUGAUUCCAUGCCAGAUCCAAGCUUCACCAAAGCAGACCCUGCCCCCAGUGUUGACAUGUUUGGAGCAGGUACCCAAACUUGCGCCAUCUGUCUUCUUUCUCAGCAUGUGCUUGAGUGCUGUUUUUAUAUGUACAUUUGUGCAUUAUUGUAAUUCAAGGAUACUGAUUGUGUAUUUUGUUGUUUGUGUGAGUUUGUUUAGUGGGUAUGGGUUUGUUUAGUUGUGUGUGUGUGUGUGUGUGUGUGUGUGUGUGUGUGUGUGUGUGUGUGUGUGUGUGUGUGUGUGUGUGUGUGUGUGUGUGUGUGUGUGUGUGUGAAUUAUACCUUGACAUUUGCACGUACAGUAACAGUCAAAAGGGUUUUUCUUUAUUUUUACUAUUUUCUACAUUGUAGAACAAUAGUGAAGACAUCAAAACAAUGAAAUAACACAUGAAAUCAUGUAGUAAACAAAAAAGUGUUAAACAAAUCAAAAUAUAUUUUAUAUUUGAGAUUCUUCAAAGUCACCCUUUGACUUGAUGACAGCUUUGCACACUCUUGGCAUUCUCUCAACCAGCUUAAUGAGGAAUGCUUUUUCAACAGUCUUGAAGGAGUUCCCACAAAUGCUGAGCACUUGUUGGCUGCUUUUCCUUCACUCAGCGGUCCAACUCAUCCCAAACCAUCUCAAUUGGGUUGAACUUGGGUGAUUGUGGAGGCCACGUCAUCUGAUGCAGCACUCAAUCACUCUCCUUCUUGGUCAAAUAGCCCUUACACAGCCUGGAGAUGUGUUUUGGGUCAUUGUCCUGUUGAAAAACAAAUGAUAGUCCCACUAAGCCCAAACCAGAUGGGAUGGCGUAUCGCUGCAGAAUGCUGUGGUAGCCAUGCUGGUUAAGUGUGCAUUGAAUUCUAAGUAAAUCACUGACAGUGUCACCAGCAAAGGACCCCCACACCAUCACACCUCCUCCUCCAUGCUUCACGGUGGGAACCACACAUGCGGAGAUCAUACGUUCACCUACUCUGUGUCUCACAAAGACACGGCGGUUAGAACCAAAAAUCUCAAAUUUGGACUCAUCAGAUCAAAGUACAGAUUUUCACCGGUCUAAUGUACGUUGCUCGUGUUUCUUGGCCCAAGCAAGUCUCUUCUUCUUAUUGGUGUCCUUUAGUAGUGGUUUCUUUGCAGCAAUUUGACCAUGAAGGCCUGAUUCACGCAGUCUCCUCUGAACAGUUGAUGUUGAGAUUUGUCUGUUACUUGAACUCUUGGGCUGCAAUCUGAGGUGCAGAUAACUCUAAUGAACUUAUCCUCUGCAGCAGAGGUAACUCUGGGUCUUCCUUUCCUGUGGCGGUCCUCAUGAGAGCCAGUUUCAUCAUAGUGCUUGAUGGUUUUUGUGACUGCGCUCAAAGAAACUUUCAAAGUUCUUGAAAUGUUCCGUAUUGACCUUCAUGGUUUAAAGUAAUUAUGGACUGUUGUUUCUCUUUGCUUAUUUGAGCUGUUCUUGCCAUAAUAUGGACUUGGUCUUUUACCAAAUAGGGCUAUCUUCUGUAUACUACCCCUACCUUGUCACAACACAACUGAUUGGCUCAAACACAUUAAGAAGGAAAGAAAUUCCACAAAUUAACUUUUAACAAGGCACACAUGUUAAUUGAAAUGCAUUUCAAAGUAACCACCUCAUGAAUCUGGUUGAGAGAAUGCCAAGAGUGUGCAAAGCUGUCAUCAAGGCAUAAGGUGGCUACUUUGAAUAAUGUCAAAGAUAAAAUAUAUUUUGAUUUGUUUAACACUUUUUUGUUUACUACAUGAUUCCAUAUGUGUUAUUUCAUAGUUUUGAUAUCUUCACUAUUAUUCUACAAUAUAGUAAAAAUAAAGAAAACCCCUUGAAUGAGUAGGUGUGUCCAAACUUUUGACUGUUACUGUAAUUCGCACACUGUGUUUGUGUUCUAACCCUCCUCUACCCCUCCCCUUACAGCAGAUGCAUUCUCCUCCCCUGCCCCCCUCCUCUCCUCAGACCUCCCAACGGACAAGGGGGCGAUCAUGGACAUGUUUGGGGGUGGGUAAAUGUACACUCUCCCCCCACCCCUCACUAUCCCCCUUGCUGCUGGUCGACGGUCUUCACAUGAGUGGCCUUUUGUAAAAAUGUUUCUCUCUAAGCAGGAAAGCCAUAACUUUAAUUUAUUAUUUGAUUUAUUAUUUUCAUCAUGUCAUUCAUCUUCAUCAGCAUUUCUCAUUCCGUUUCUCUGUAUGGUUUUGGUGACCCAUAAAGUUGUUACUGUAGUUAAGUUGUUAGCUGUGGUAUUCAGGAUGGAUUCUACAUUUUCUACAUCCUCUACAGAAUUUAGAGUUUGUUGCUUAGUAGAUGUAGACUUGUCACAGCAUAUUGGGAUCAAAGGAGUUUCUAUUGGUGUGUUUGAGACUAUUGGUGUGUACGUGUGUAUACCUGUGUAUGUCUACUGUCCUAUCUGACAAUGAUAACGCUGCUCUGUCUGUUUGGCGUUCCUAGUGUGGAGCCGAUGGCUGACUUCUUAACUCUUCUCUGCCCUCAUGCUGCACUGCAAAUGGCGUGGCUCACCUUGGCCUGGUAUGGUUUGGUUUGAUCCAUCAGACUCCACCGGUGGAGAAACCCAGCCUGCUACCCCUGCAGCUGCCUCUGGUGCUGAGCUGAUGGCAGGUAAUGUACUUACCGAAGCACAACACACCCACCAGGCAUGACACAAACAACAGGCAUGACACAAACAACAGGCAUGACCCAUUCACAUUGUAUGCAAGACGAAUAACAGUAAAUACACCACAUCUACGGUUGUAAAGGUAGGGUGUAUUACUGGAAACUUUCUACGUUUACCAGUAAACAACCAGCAUUUUGGUUCCUUUCAAGGUUUAUUUGGAAUUCUAUCAGAUGACAUCUAGUGGCCUUUUUGGGUACUUCAGAUGAAUAAUAAUAAUAAUAAUAAUAAUAAUAAUUAUUAUUAUUAUAUAAUCUUAUUCAUAUCUAUAUUAGAUAUAUAUAUUAGGUUUUAGAUUAUUAAUAAUUGUGAAUCAUGAUCAUAUUUAUAAAUAUAAUAAUUGCACAUUAUAAUACAAUAAUAACAAUAUAAUAUUAUUAUUAUAUAAUAUAUAUAUAUAUAAUGUAUUAAUACAAUUAAUAAUAUAAUUAGAAUAGAGUUAUUAUUAAAAUUAAUUAUUAGAUUAGUGUUAUUAGUAGAUUAGAUUAGUAGUAUCAAUAAUAAAUAAUAAUCCUUAUCUAUUAUUAGAUAGAUGAUAGAUUAUCAAUAUUAGAUAUAGAUAUACACUGAGUGCACAAAACAUUAAGGACACCUGCGCUUUCCAUGACAUUGACUGACCAGGUGAAAGCUAUGAUCACGUAUUGAUGUCACUUGUUAAAUCUCACUUUGAAGGGGAGGAGACAGGUUAUAGAAGGAUUUUUAAGCCUUGAGACAAUUGAGACAUGGAUUGUGUAUGUGUGCCAUUCAGAGGGUGAAAGGGCACGACAAAAGAUUUAAGUGCCUUUGAACGGGGUAUGGUAGUAGGUGGCAGGCUGUAAAACAUUAUCCUAAAUAUAAACCAUCAAAUUUUGCAUUUACAUUUUAGUCAUUUAGCAGACACUCUUAUCCAGAGAGACUUACAGUGCAUUCGGAAAGUAUUCAGACCCCUUGACUUUUUCCACAUUUUGUUACGUUACAGCCUUAUUCUAAAAUUGAUUAAAUUGAUUUUCCCCCUCAUCAAUCUGCACACAAUACCACAUAAUGACAAAGCAAAAACAGGUUUUUAGAUAAAUAAGGUAUUUCUGUUUGAUUUUUUUUAUAAAUUUGCAAAAAAAUCUAAAAACCUGUUUUCGCGUUGUCAUUUUAAUCAAAUUUAGAAUAAGGCUGUAAUGUAACAAAAUGUGGAAAAAGGGAAGAGGUCUGAAUACUUUCCGAAUGCACUGUACAGUUAGUUCAUUAAUCGUAAGAUAGCUAGGUGAGACAACAACACAUCACAAUCGUAUCAUGUAUAUUUUCCCUCAACAAAGUAUUUAUCAGCAAAGUCAGUGCUAGUGGGAAAAGAGCAUGAAAUAUUCUUUAUAUAUAUUCUACACACUUUUAUUUACUAUGUCAAUAUGUCUUUGUUGUAAAUGUUUUGGUGCCAAACUGGUGGCAGUUGUGAAAAAAGUCAAUAGUUGGAAGAGUUAAUUGAAAAUAAUGCCAUUGUUGAUUAGAUGCAUUUUUUCAUUCAUUAGACUAUUUCCUGUUGAACCAUAUGGUCUAUCUACUAGAAACUCAUGGAAAAUAUGGACACAGAUAUAAUAAAUUAAUACUACAUGUGAAUACAUUUUUUAAAAAGUUAUUAAAGUACAAAUUACCAAAGUUACCAUAGAUUACUUCUUCAUUACCGAAAGUUCCUGUAACUUUGGUAAAUUACCGGUAGCUUUGCAACCCUAAUCACAUAUAAUACUUUCCAUUGUAUUAUGUAACCAUAUAACCAAAUAUAUCUCACAUUAAAGAGUUACAGUAGAUACAGUGGGGAGAACAAGUAUUUGAUACACUGCCAAUUUUGCAGGUUUUCCUACUUACAAAGCAUGUAGAGGUCUGUAAUUUUUAUCAUAGGUACACUUCAACUGUGAGAGAUGGAAUCUAAAACAAAAAUCCAGAAAAUCACAUUGUAUGAUUUUUAAGUAAUUCAUUUGCAUUUUAUUGCAUGACAUAAGUAUUUGAUACAUCAGAAAAGCAGAACUUAAUAUUUGGUACAGAAACCUUUGUUUGCAAUUACAGAGAUCAUACGUUUCCUGUAGGUCUUGACUAGGUUUGCACACACUGCAGCAGGGAUUUUGACCCACUCCUCCAUACAGACCUUCUCCAGAUCCUUCAGGUUUCGGGGCUGUCGCUGGGCAAUACGGACUUUCAGCUCCCUCCAAAGAUUUUCUAUUGGGUUCAGGUCUGGAGACUGGCUAGGCCACUCCAGGACCUUGAGAUGCUUCUUACGGAGCCACUCCUUAGUUGCCCUGGCUGUGUGUUUCGGGUCGUUGUCAUGCUGGAAGACCCAGCCACGACCCAUCUUCAAUGCUCUUACUGAGGGAAGGAGGUUGUUGGCCAAGAUCUCGCGAUACAUGGCCCCAUCCAUCCACCCCUCAAUACGGUGCAGUCGUCCUGUCCCCUUUGCAGAAAAGCAUCCCCAAAGAAUGAUGUUUCCACCUCCAUGCUUCACGGUUGGGAUGGUGUUCUUGGGGUUGUACUCAUCCUUCUUCUACCUCCAAACACGGCGAGUGGAGUUUAGACCAAAAAGCUAUAUUUUUGUCUCAUCAGACCACAUGACCUUCUCCCAUUCCUCCUCUGGAUCAUUCAGAUGGUCAUUGGCAAACUUCAGACGGGCCUGGACAUGGGCUGGCUUGAGCAGGGGGACCUUGCGUGCGCUGCAGGAUUUUAAUCCAUGACGGUGUAGUGUGUUACUAAUGGUUUUCUUUGAGACUGUGGUCCCAGCUUUCUUCAGGUCAUUGACCAGGUCCUGCCGUGUAGUUCUGGGCUGAUCCCUCACCUUCCUCAUGAUCAUUGAUGCCCCACGAGGUGAGAUCUUGCAUGGAGCCCCAGACCGAGGGUGAUUGACCGUCAUCUUGAACUUCUUCCAUUUUCUAAUAAUUGCGCCAACAGUUGUUGCCUUCUCACCAAGCUGCUUGCCUAUUGUCCUGUAGCCCAUCCCAGCCUUGUGCAGGUCUACAAUUUCAUCCCUGAUGUCCUUACACAGCUCUCUGGACUUGGCCAUUGUGGAGAGGUUGGAGUCUGUUUGAUUGAGUGUGUGGACAGGUGUCUUUUAUACAGGUAACGAGUUCAAACAGGUGCAGUUAAUACAGGUAAUGAAAACAUCAUACAAUGUGAUUUUCUGGAUUUUUUUACCUAUGAUAAAUAUUACAGACCUCUACAUGCUUUGUAAGUAGGAAACCCUGCAAAAUCGGCAGUGUAUCAAAUACUUGUUCUCCCCACUGUAUAUUGAAUGUCUAUUGUGUAUGUACAGUGAGGGGAAAAAAGUAUUUGAUCCCCUGCUGAUUUUGUACAUUUGCCCACUGACAAAGAAAUGAUCAGUCUAUAAUUUUAAUGGUAGGUUUAUUUGAACAGUGAGAGACAGAAUAACAACAACAAAAUCCAGAAAAACGCAUGUCAAAAAUGUUAUAAAUUGAUUUGCAUUUUAAUGAGGGAAAUAAGUAUUUGACCCCUCUGCAAAACAUGACUUAGUACUUGGUGGCAAAACCCUUGUUGGCAAUCACAGAGGUCAAACGUUUCUUGUAGUUGGCCACCAGUUUUAUCUCAGGAGGGAUUUUGUCCCAAUCCUCUUUGCAGAUCUUCUCCAAGUCAUUAAGGUUUCAAGGCUGACGUUUGGCAACUCUAACCUUCAGCUCCCUCCACAGAUUUUAUAUGGGAUUAAGGUCUGGAGACUGGCUAGGCCACUCCAGGACCUUAAUGUGCUUCUUCUUGAGCCACUCCUUUGUUGCCUUGGCCAUGUGUUUUGGGUCAUUGUCAUGCUGGAAUACCCAUCCACGACCCAUUUUCAAUGCCCUGGCUGAGGGAAGGAGGUUCUCACCCAAGAUUUGACGGUACAUGGCCCCGUCCAUCGUCCCUUUGAUGCGGUGAAGUUGUCCUGUCCCCUUAGCAGAAAAACACCCUCAAAGCAUAAUGUUUCCACCUCCUCCUCAGUCCUUCACGGCGUAGUGUGUUACCAAUUGUUUUCUUGGUGAUUAUGGUCCCAGCUUGCCUUGAGAUCAUUGACAAGAUCCUCCCGUUUAGUUCUGGGCUGAUUCCUCACCGUUCUCAUGAUCAUUGCAACUCGUGUUGCUGUUCAAAUAAGCCUACCAUUAAAAUGAUAGACUAUUAAUUUCUUUGUCAGUGGGCAAACGUACAAAAUCAGCAGGGGAUCAAAUACUUUUUUCCCUCACUGUACAUCCUGAGUGUAUGUAACUUGUGAACAUACCUUGGUGUUAUGGCCAUUCCACAUGCACAUGCUGUUGUGUAUGGUCAUUCUCAUUCUAGAAUAUCUCCUUAGUUGUCUCUCUCUCUCAGUUGAUGAUGUGUGCAUUGGUUGACUUUUUCACAUUUUACAGUGGCAACGUUCCAUGUGCUUACCAGGUUCAUGAUCAUGGCUGUCACUGCCCUGCAUGUUAUGUAAAUGAUGACCUGCAAAUACUACUGUUUAAGCCUUAACUCUCUCUCUCCUCCAUCUCUCUUUCUCUCGCGACAUUUGUCAUCUCUAACUCACAUUAUUUUUCCCUCCACUACUCUGUCCUUCUGUCCCUUUAUUCUUACCCUUGCACCAUCUCUCUCCCUCCCUCUGUUUUCUCUCUCUCUCCCUCUGCACUUUGUCUCCCUCUCUCUCUCUCUCUCUCUCUCACAUGCGCGCUCUCUCACACUCUCUGUCCUCUCUCUUUCUAUCUCUUUCUCUCUCGUUCCUCUAUCUCCUUCUCUCGCUCCAUCUGGCUCUGGGGCUGGCUCAUUGCUUGCUUCCUGCUCUCUGAUUGGGUGAGUGUUCUGGCUCGUUGAUGCGCUGUUUCCCACAGUGCAUUGCUGCAUUGCAGUAAGAGAGCAACUGCUGCUGUUCUGUUCCCUCUGCUCUGACCGAUGCCUAAUAAAUAGGGUGUGUGAGUCGUUCACAUCACAAUGCCCACUUAGCUUGGUACUGGCUGAGCUGCAGUGCUUUCUCUCUAGAGUAGUGGCUGCAUCCUUACUGUCGCCAAGAUACAAAGGAUGAUGCCCUAUCUCAAACAAGAUAGCUAAUAGGAUAGUAAUACUAUUGAGUAGUGUUGAGUAGACAACAUAUUUAUGCUGUUUAUUGAUAUUACAUGGAGAGUAUUACUUAAACUGUACAUUGCGUGUGUGUUGUGUGUGUUGAGGCACAGUAUGAGGGCUUGCCUCUUAACAUUCCAAUGUUAUGCUCCUCUCUGAUCACUGUUGUCAUGGAGACCCUCUCGAUGGGUUGUCAUGGUAAUCCCACUCGUAAGGAGGACCCCUCUAUUAUGAUCAGAGAGGAUUAUUGUGGCUGUUUGACCUAAACCUGUCUCUCACCCCUCUCUCUCUCUCUCUCUCUCUCUCUCUCUCUCUCUCUCUCUCUCUCUCUCUCUCUCUCGCUCUCCCCCCCUCUCUCCCUCCCCCCCUCUCUCCCUCCACUCCAUUGCUAUCUCUCCCCCCUCCCCCCUCCCCCCUCCUCUGUCUCUCCUGUAGCGUUUGAUGGUCUAGGGGAUGUGUUGAUGCCUGCUAUGACGCCCCAGACCGGGGCCACCUCAUCUCCAGUUAAACCUAUGGGAGGGGACCUAGACGCCACCAUGGCUAGCAUGGCUAGCAGUAAGUCUCUGAACAGUCUCUGAGUCUCUGAGCAGACACAGGACAGGGAUUCUCAAUUUGGCCUGAAUCAUUUCAGCAUCAUGGUGCUGUCCAUCUAUGCAUAGACAUGUUCCUAUAACAUUUACAUUUACAUUUUAGUCAUUUAGCAGACGCUCUUAACCAGAGCGACUUACAGGAGCAAUUAGGGUUAAGUGCCUUGCUCAAGGGCACAUUAACGUCAUUUAGCAGACGCUCUUAGCCAGAGCGACUCACAAAUUGGUGCGUUCACCCUAUAGCCAGUGGGAUAACCACUUUACAAUUUGGGGGGGGGGGGGGGGGGGGGGGGUUAGAAGGAAUACUUUAGCCUAUCCCAGGUAUUCCUUAAAGAGGUGGGGUUUCAAAUGUCUCCGGAAGGUGGUGAGUGACUCCGCUGUCCUGGCGUCGUGAGGGAGCUUGUUCCACCAUUGGGGUGCCAGAGCAGCGAACAGUUUUGACUGGGCUGAGCGGGAGCUGUGCUUCCGCAGAGGAAGGGGAGCCAGCAGGCCAGAGGUGGAUGAACGCAAUGUCCUCGUUUGGGUGUAGGGACUGAUCAGAGCCUGAAGGUACAGGGGUGCCGUUCCCCUCACUGCUCCAAAGGCAAGCACCAUGGUCUUGUAGCGGAUGCGAGCUUCAAUUGGAAGCCAGUGGAGUGUGCGGAGGAGGGGGGGUGACGUGAGAGAACUUGGGAAGGUUGAACACCAGACGGGCUGCGGCAUUCUGGAUGAGUUGUAGGGGUUUAAUGGCACAGGCAGGGAGCCCAGCCAACAGCGAGUUGCAGUAGUCCAGACGGGAGAUGACAAGUGCCUGGACCAGGACCUGCGCCGCUUCCUGUGUAAGGCAGGGUCGCACUCUCCGAAUGUUGUAGAGCAUGAACCUGCAGGAGCGGGUCACCGCCUUGAUGUUGGCGGAGAACGACAGGGUGUUGUCCAGGGUCACGCCUAGGCUCUUCGCACUCUGGGAGGAGGACACAGCGGAGUUGUCUACCGUGAUGGCGAGAUCAUGGAACGGGCAGUCCUUCCCCGGGAGGAAGAGCAGCUCCGUCUUGCCAGGGUUCAGCUUGAGGUGGUGAUCCGUCAUCCAUACUGAUAUGUCUGCCAGACAUGCAGAGAUGCGAUUCGCCACCUGGUUAUCAGAAGGGGGAAAGGAGAAGAUUAGUUGUGUAUCGUCAGCGUAGCAAUGAUAGGAAAGGCCAUGUGAGGAUAUGACAGAGCCAAGUGACUUGGUGUAUAGGGGGAAAAGGAGAGGGCCCAGAACCGAUCCCUGGGGGACACCAGUGGUGAGAGCACGUGGUGCGGAGACAGCUUCCCGCCACGCCACUUGGUAGGAGCGACCGGUCAGGUAGGACGCAAUCCAGGAGUGAGCCGCGCCGGAGAUGCCCAUUUCGGAGAGGGUGGAGAGGAGGAUCUGAUGGUUCACAGUAUCAAAGGCAGCAGACAGGUCUAGAAGGACAAGAGCAGAGGAGAGAGAGUUAGCUUUAGCAGUGCGGAGAGUCUCUGUGACACAGAGAAGAGCAGUCUCAGUUGAAUGACCAGUCCUGAAACCUGAUUGGUUUGGAUCAAGAAGGUCAUUCUGAGAGAGAUAGCAAGAGAGUUGGCUAAAGACGGCACGCUCAAUAGUUUUGGAAAGAAAAGAAAGAAGGGAUACUGGUCUGUAGUUGUUGACAUCAGUGGGGUCGAGUGUUGGUUUUUUGAGAAGGGGAGUAACUCUCGCUCUCUUGAAGACGGAAGGGACAUGGCCAGCGGUCAAGGAUGAGUUGAUCAGCGAGGUGAGGUAGGGGAGAAGGUCACCGGAGAUGGUCUGGAGAAGGGAGGAGGGGAUGGGGUCAAGCGGGCAGGUUGUUGGGCGGCCUGCAGUCACAAGUCGCAGGAUCUUAUCUGGAGAGAGAGGGGAGAAAGAAGUCAAAGCAUAGGGUAGGGCAGUGUGAGCAGGACCAGCAGUGUCAUUAGACUUAACAAACAAGGAUCGGAUGUCGUCAACCUUCUUUUCAAAGUGGUUGACGAAGUCAUCCACAGAGAGAGAGGAGGGGGGGGGGGGGGAGGGAGGAUUCAGGAGGGAGGAAAAUGUGGCAAAGAGCUUUCUAGGGUUAGAGGCAGAUGCUUGGAAUUUAGAGUGGUAGAAGGUGGCCUUAGCAGCAGAAACAGAUGAAGAAAAUGUAGAGAGGAGGGAGUGAAAAGAUGCCAGGUCGGCAGGGAAUUUAGUUUUCUUCCAUUUCCGCUCCGCUGCCCGGAGCUCUGUUCUGUGAGCUCGCAAUGAGUCAUCAAGCCACGGAGCUGGAGGGGAGGACCGAGCCGGCCGGGAGGAUAGGGGACACAGAGAGUCAAAGGAUGCAGAAAGGGAGGAGAGGAGGGUUGAGGAGGCAGAAUCAGGAGAUUGGAGGGAGAAGGAUUGAGCAGAGGGAAGAGAUGAUAGGAUGGAAGAGGAGAGAGUAGUGGGAGAGAGAGAGCGAAGGUUGCGGCGGCGCAUUACCAUCUGUGUAGGGGCAGAGUGAGUAGUGUGGGAGGAGAGUGAGAGAGAAAAGGAAACAAAGUAGUGGUCGGAGACUUGGAGGGGAGUUGCAGUGAGAUUAGUAGAGGAGCAGCAUCUAGUGAAGAUGAGGUCAAGCGUAUUGCCUGCCUUGUGAGUAGGGGGGGACGGUGAGAGGGUGAGGUCAAAAGAGGAGAGGAGUGGAAAGAAGGAGGCAGAGAGAAAUGAGUCAAAUGUGGACAUAGGGAGGUUGAAAUCCCCCAAAACUGUGAGGGGUGAGCCAUCCUCAGGGAAGGAACUCAUCAAGGCGUCAAGCUCAUUGAUGAACUCUCCAAGGGAACCUGGAGGGCGAUAGAUGACAAGGAUAUUAAGCUUAAAUGGGCUAGUGACUGUGACAGCAUGGAAUUCAAAUGAGGAGAUAGACAGAUGGGUUAGGGGAAAAAUUGAGAAUGUCCACUUGGGAGAGAUGAGGAUUCCUGUACCACCACCCCUCUGACCAGAUGCUCUCGGGGUAUGCGAGAACACAUGGUCAGACGAGGAGAGAGCAGUAGGAGUAGCGGUGUUUUCAGUGGUGAUCCAUGUUUCCGUCAGCGCCAGGAAGUCGAGGGACUGGAGGUUGGCAUAGGCUGGGAUGAAGUCAGCUUUGUUGGCAGCAGAACGGCAGUUCCAGAGGCUGCCUGCGACCUGGAACUCCACGUGGGUGGUGCGUGCAGGGACCACCAGAUUGGAGAGGCAGCAGCCACGCGGUGUGGUGCGUUUGUGUAGCCUGUGCAGAGAGGAGAGAACAGGGAUAGGCAGAGGCAUAGUUGACAGGCUGUAGCAAAUGGCUACAAAAAUGCAGAGGAGAUCGGAAUGAAAUGGGCUAAGCAUCUGGGAGCGGAGAGAGCAGGGCCUCCCUCACCAAAACUUCUACCUCGGAAACUAAAAUUGUUUCACUGAACCACCCGAAGAAAAAAAACUCUCCCAACUUCCGCCUUUGGAAAUCAGAAUUGUUGUGAACCACAGCGGUUCAAUGUUUAAAGGAGUAGACUCAACCCACUUUGUUCAGCUAGCCAACUAUGACUCCAUAGCCAACUAGCAGACUAGCAUCCAAUAACAAUAACACACCGUUUAGCGCCAACACUUGGUCACAACAAACCACCAAUAUUGUGAUAACACACUAAACAGAUCAUUCGUGUCUGUGUCAAGUUCCUUACAUGACGCAGCAAUGAUUAGACGUUGGCUAGCUAGGACAAGUAAAUUGUGGUUAGCUACUACAGUACAGCCAGAUGGUCAUGUUGGGUAGCUAGCAAUGGCCACUGUGUCGACUCUGUUUGAAGAACGGCUAGCUAGCUAGCUUCGUGCUACAGCUGGCACGGCCGAGGACACUGCCAAGACACAGUAACUACCCACAACAACCCACGAAGCCUAGCUAUGACGCCGCAGCCAACCUGCAAGCUAGCAUCCAUUAACACACAACUUAGCAUCAACACCUGGCCACAACAAACUGCCAAGAGUGUGUCAGCACACCAAACAGACAAUUCAAGUCCGUGUCGAGUUCCCUUCACAACGCAGCAAAAAAAAUAAAAUAAUAAUAAUUAAACGUUGGAACCAGCUCUCCAGCGUUGCUAAUCGUUACCAAUAGCUACCCGCUAGCUAGCUAGCUUCGUGCCUCGAUACUAACCCACAAUUACCCACGGAAAGCUACAAUAACAACAAUACUAACCUACAAUAAAUACAAUACCUAACUACAGCUAACUACCUACCUACGAUCUAAUACAUGGUUAAGCAAAAGUUAAACGUUGGGUAGGACUACAUUACCGUUGGAGCCAGCUCUCCAGCGUUGCUAAACGUUACCAAUAGCUACCCGCUAGCUAGCUAGCCUCGUGCCUCGAUACUAACCCACAAUUACCCACGGAAAGCUACAAUAACAACAAUACUAACCUACAAUAAAUACAAUACCUAACUACAGCUAACUACCUACCUACGAUCUAAUACAUGGUUAAGCUUUACUCAACACUACAUGUAGCUUACCUCCUACUUACCUCCAGCCAGAGAAAAACACGUCCUCUCCACUUGGCAGUGAGGUAAGCUACAUGUAGUGUUGAGUAUUUACACCCAGGGGCCCAUUUAUUAGGUACACCCAUCUAGUACUGGGUCAGACCCCCCCUUUGCCUCCAGAACAGCCUGAAUUCUUUGGGGCACCGUUGACACCAGGCAGGAUGGGGCCAUGGACUCGUGCUACUUACGCCAAAUCCUGACUCUGCCAUCAGCAUAUAACCAAUCUCACCUUAUUGUAUCGUUACUCAACAUGUAUUUACACCCAGGGGCCCGUUUAUUAGGUACACCCAUCUAGUACUGGGUCAGACCCCCCCUUUGCCUCCAGAACAGCCUGAAUUCUUUGGGGCACCGUUGACACCAGGCAGGAUGGGGCCAUGGACUCGUGCUACUUACGCCAAAUCCUGACUCUGCCAUCAGCAUGGCGCAACAGGAACCGGGAAUCCUUGGACCAGGCAAUGUUUUUCCACUCCUCAAUUGUCCAGUGUUGGUGAUCGCGUGCCCACUGGAGCCACUUCUUCUUGUUUUUAGCUGAUAGGAGUGGAACCCGGUGUGGCCGUCUGCUGCAAUAGCCCAUCCGUGACAAGGACCAAUGAGUUGUGUGUUCCGAGAUGCCGUUCUGCACAUCACUGUUGUACUGCGCCGUUAUUUGCCUGUUUGUGGCCUGCCUGUUAGCUUGCACCGACGAUCAUAGCACGCUCAAAGUCGCUUAGGUCACUCGUUUUGCCCAUUCUAAUGUUCAAUCGAACAGUAACUGAAUGCUUCGAUGCCUGUCUGCUUGCUUUAUAUGGCAAGCCAUGGCCACGUGACUCACUAUCUGUAGGAGCAAACCAUUUCCGUGAACGGCAACUGAGUGUACAUGGUAGUUACAAAGCCAGAUACAGUGUAAUUACAGUGGAGUUAUAUAAUGUUACAUAGUACUUACAACCCAGAUCUUCAAAAAGUUCUAUAGCUGCACCAUCGAGAGCAUCCUGACCGGUUACAUCACCGCCUGGUAUGGCAACUACUCUGCAUCCGACCGUAAGGCGCUACAGAGGGUAGUGCGUAUGGCCCACAGUACAUCACUGGGGCCAAGCUUCCUGCCAUCCAGGACCUAUAUACCUAUAUACUAGGCGGUGUCAGAGGAAGGGCCAAAUAAUUGUCAAAGACUCCAGUCACCCAAGUCAUAGACUGUUCUCUCUGCUACCGCACGGCAAGCGGUACCGGAGCGCCAAGUCUAGGUCCAAAAGGCUCCUUAACAGCUUCUACCCCCAAGCCAUAAGACUGCUGAACAAUUAAUCAAAUGGCCACCCGGACUAUUUACAUUGACCCCCCCCCCCCCCCCCCCCCCCCCCCCCCCCCCCCCCCCCCACACACACUUUGUUUAAUAUCUAUACAUAGUCAACUUACCUCGACUAACCUGUACCCCCGCACAUUGACUCGGUACCGGUACCCCCUGUAUAUAGCCUCGUUAUUGUUAUUUUAUUGUGUUACUUUUUAUUUAAUUUUUUACUUUCGUUUAUUUAGUAAAUAUCUUCUUAACUCUAUUUAUUGAACUGCAUUUGUAAGUAAGCAUUUCACGGUAAGGUCUACACCUGUUGUAUUCGGCGCAUGUGACAAAUACAAUUUUAUUUGAUAAGAUACUAAAUGUACAUUAUUCUGUCUGACUGGGAAAUGUCUUAUUUUCUCUCUUUCAGAUCUGGGAAUGGGGAGCCAAAAACCGUAAGUUUUCCUGUUUUGAGUAUGUGUCACUUUGUGUUUUGACAUGUCAUGGAUUACAAUCACAAGCGCUCAAUGAACUUUACAUUUUAAGAGGUUGGGGUCCUCUGUCUUUUCUUGCUCUCUUUCUAUUGGCUUAUUGACUGAUUGACAUCUCUUCCGCAGGGGGGAGAAUACGAUGGGAGGCUGGUCAACUCCUCAGGUAGCUCCUCCAAGUUGGGGAGCUCCCAUGGUAAAUCUUGUCUGUGUCAUAUAGCAUGGAUUGCAGCCACAUGGCAGUAACAGGCAUGGCAUGGAGCCAAUCACACACGUCGCUCCUCUCUGACUCUCCAGGGUGGUCCAAUCACAUUUGGAAUUUGGACAUUUGGUGUUUGGUUUAAAAGGGGUGAACAUUUUGUGGGAAAACUAUGGAGAGCUCUGAGAGGGCUGAGGUUUGUCCCAAACCAAGGAGCUGCUUGGUUCUGACCUCGAGCAAGCCAUCGGACACUCAUCUACAUAUUUCCUUAUGUCAACCCCCAUUUCUUUAGCAACAGCUCCUCUUUCCAGUGUCCAAACGAAACCCAAUACAAAACAGUCCCUUUUAGAUCGCUUUAUCUUCAUCAUUUAAUUGCUGCACUAACCAUUAGCCAAAAAAGCUUUUGCUAUAGGGUCUGUUGUUACUGUAUUAACCCAUGGCUUCAACUGUUCAUUUAGCCAAAGCCUCACCACUGACAUGAAUAUCAGAUAAUUAGUUGCUGAUUAAACUGGCUUGCCUGAUCAUGUAUUCUUAUAAUUGACCCUGUGCUCUUCAAAUGCUUCUGCAUGAACCUGAUUUUAGAGGUUAGGUUAGAUAUUUUUUAUGUGCUGUGCUUUGCUGUUCUCUCUGUGUUUGUGUGUGUGUGCGCGUGUGUGCGUGUGUCUUAAAACAGUUUUUUAUGAUGUCUUUGUCUAUGUUUUGUAUGUGUGCGUGUCAGUGAUAUGUCUCUGUGUUUGUUGUUGCAAUGUUGUCUUUACUGUGCCUGUGUUGUAUGUAGUGUAGUAACGUCCCACCUCCUCUCCCCACUCCACACCCCUAGAACGUUCCAAUGGGGUCCCCUUCUUUUAUGGGGUCUUACCAAGGAUUCAGCAUGGUAAGACCACCCCGCCCUCAACCUAGGACCAUUAGGAGCACCUAAGAUGGCCAAUGACCCCUUUAGGUGGCCCAUGUACGCAUCUCUAAAAUGGCUGCCAUAGUGUCUGACUGUCUCCUCUCUCUCUCUCAGGGCGGGGCGGCCGGCACUGGAGCUCCCAUGAUGCCCAUGGUUAGGCCAGGCUUUGGAGCCCCUGCAGCCCCAGGAGCACCGGUAAGACACACACACACACACACAGAGAGAGUACACACAGACACACACACAUAUACACACACAGACACACCUAUUUCAUGAAACACUGUUUCCUGUGACAGAUGGGAUCUCCAGGGAUGGCCGGGAGCCCGAGGAAGCCUCCGCCCCCCAAGAAUGCCCUGGACGACCUCAACAUCAAGGACUUC